GAUCAACUGCAGGAGAUGAUUGGACCAAACACUCUGCUCGAAUUUAUUAGCUUGUUGGGAAACUUAAAAGAUUUCGGUAUUAAAGAAUUCAAGCUUGUGAAAAAAUUUGGCAAAGGAGAAGAGCACAAGUCACUAAGAAUUGCUGGAAAGCCAAUCCUUUGGGGCUGGGAGAACUGCUACAUCGAGGGACUCAUCUGGAAGCCGAGAAAAGGCACAGAUCAACCAACCACAGCCGUUGCAGUUGGCAUUGUCAUUGAAGGAAUUCGAUUGGACAAGAUCAUGGAGAGAAUUUUUGGCAGCAAUCUUUUUUCGGUUGCAUGGUUUUCUGAAAUGACUGCAUUGAUUAUAGUUUCCAAUGCAAACGGUGAGGUAGAAACGUCUUCAGAUAAAAAAGGUAAAGCAAACGAUGUUGGCGAUGCUCAGAAAGGCAAAUCUGAUGCUCCGUCAACCGAAAACAGUGCUCCUGGCAAACGAUCUGAUAUCCGCGAAGCAGAUGAGUUUUAUCCGGUGUUCGAACGAAGCAGAAGGAACCUUGGGCCACAUUUCGCGUAUUUGCGAAACAUCAGAAAGAAACAAGGGAAGCGAGUCAGACCCAUUUUUGAGCCAAACACAGGUGAAGUGUAUGGAAGGAAUCAUGUUCAUAAGAAAAACAGAAGAUUAGAAGUUGAGAACCGGGCACUUCUCAAGAGAGCUGGAACAAAGCCAAAGUCUGAGAGCACGGGCAGUGAUGAUAGCAAAAAAACUGACGAAGAAGGGAAGGAGGAAGAAGAAGAAAAAGAAGAUGUGGUUAAAUUUAAUGUUCCGUAUCUUAGUUCAAGAGACAUAGAGAAAGGAUUAACUUUUGUGGGGAUUUUCAAUAUUCCACAAGACAAUGGUUGUUUUGGAGAUUCCUUGUGCCUUUGGCUUGCUGAAAAGGUCGGCAAGGAUGCGACAAUCGAGAUUUCAGGAACGAUAUCAAAGUCAGGUUUCAAGUUUGGUGCAAAGUUUUCUGGUACUAUCCCAGUAAAUGAAGACGGUUCACUUGCAUUGCAAUCAAUAGCGUUGGAACUGGAGCUAAGUGGCAAAAAGUCAUCUGUUAAACUGGAAUGUACAUUGUAUUGGAACAUUCCUGAGAAUCUUGGUUCCGGUCAUGUGCAGUUCAUAGGUGCCAUUGAGGUAAGUCUUACUGGAAAACUUAGCUUACAAUUCGCCAUGGCUGGAACUUGGCGGAAUCCUUUCAAAUUCAAAUAUCUUGCUCUUGCCAACUUGAAUCUUGGGAUUGGCAUAUCUGUUGGUGCUGGAGGUGUACUGCCAACGUUCGAAUUUGGAGGAACUGUUUGGGUUGGUGUCAUAGAAGCUGGGCCUAACGAUGAUGCAAUCAAGAUCUCAAUCUACUUUGGUAUCGACUUUAAUAAGCCAGAUGAGAAUUACGUCUUUGGAUCCGUUAACAAAUUCACCCUUGGCCAGAUUUUCAAAGCAUUCAAGUUGGGUAAGCCUGCGGUUCCUAAAGUGGUAGCAGACAGCGGGUUUCCAGAAGGAUUAACUGUUUCGUACAGCAUGAAGGGAAAAACAAUCGAUGCACUUGAUUUAAAUAUACAGAAGGGCUUAUACUUCAAAGGAACAAUCAAUUUCCUUGGCUUCAAGGUUGCUUCAGAAAUUCUCAUAAGCCCUCCAGAGAAAAUUCUUAUCGAUGUUUCACUUUCGCCGAUUGACUGGGCAGGAGGGCUUAUAGCCCUAAGAAGGAAUGCAACAGAUAAAGUCAAUGGCCCGAAGGCGUUUAUUUACCUCAAGCCAGAUUCAGUGACUGUCCAGAUAGAGGGAUUCAUAUCCUUACUGGGGAUUUCAAGAUACGUUUAUAUAGACGUUUCAGACACAGGCUUCAAAUUUCAGAUGACAACUGAUAUAUGGGGAAUGAUUCGCUCAGAUUUGAUUGUAGAGGCUGGUUACGGCAAUUUGCAAGCGCUUCAUUUUUCAUUUGUGGCAAAUGUUCAAAUAGACUUUCAUUUGAGACAAAUUGCUGAUGCUGCAAUCAAAUAUCUAAACAUUGCUAAAGACAUUGCAGUAAAGAAACUAAAGGAGGCCCAAGAAAGAGUUAAAGAGGCUGAAAAGAAAGUCAAAGACGCUGGGGAAAAAAUGAAUGGCUGGAAGAAAUCUAUUGAUGAUUAUCAAAACAAACUAAAGAAAAGAGCUGCUGAAAUUGAAGAAGCAAAGAAGGCAUUCAAAGCGAGUUGCCAAAAAGAAUGCGGUGAAAUUUGCAUACCAUUCCUGGAUUGGAAGUCAAGAUGCUUCAAGAUUUGGUGGUGGUGGGUUGGCUGCCCUACUUGGAACAAUUGCAAAUGGAAAGCUCCUAAUAUUAUUUGCAUUGCUGCUUGCGAGAUAAAAAAGAUGGCCAAAAAGUUCGUUGCAUGGGCAGAACAGACUGGUAUCAAGAUUUUGAUUGGACUCUCAGAAGUAGGAAAAGGACUCAUUGAUGUUGGAAAAGGCUUUGUGAAAAUGGCUGAAAAAUUGGUUGGUUUUGCCGGCGAUGUGCUGAAGUUUGUGCAAGAUGUAGUAGAAGUUGGAAUAGAAAUUUCGAAAAAGGUCAUGAAUUGGAUUGGGGACAAUUUGUUUAAAGUAGAUAUGCUUGAACUUAGAGGCAAGCUCACCAGUGACUUUAAUGCAUGCAUUGGUAUAACAUGCAAAUUUGUUAUUUUUGGAUUGAAAGCUGAUUACAAAGGUGAUUUGUGCGUCAAUUUAAAGUUUUGGGAGAAUCUUGCUGCUGAGACGGUAGAGGAAAAAUACGCGGGGACAAAGAAGAUGAUCCUAGAAGUGCCGAACAUUGAUGGGAAAGGACGAGAGUAUGAAAAUGAUAAAAAAGAUCUUGAUAAGAAAGAAGGAGACAUUCAGAAAGAUGUGGAAAAAGAGACAAAGGAUCGACGAAAGAGAGACUAUGUCCCUACUGCCGAGGAAAUGUAUUACAGACGACUUGCAGAGGAGCCCUUGCCAGCAGUCGUCACAAGAAGUACAUCCACAGUGAACGCCUUUAAGAAUGGCGCACCUUGGAUAUUGGUGCAAGAUUUUGACAAUAGAAACUUUGAUCACACACCUCAGGAGGACUCAAAUAUUCCAGCAGAGAAACGAACACUUGAUGAAGACUGGCACAAACACCACGCUACACCAUGCGUGCAGAUCAGCAAAGUGAUUGGCAAGUACAGCAUGAUUGCCGAUGGACUAAGAUCACUGCAUGAUUCGAUGGUCAAUGUUCGUGAGGGUUACCAAACAACGAAGAGGACUAUGCAACAGGGUGUCGAUGGCCUUGGAUAUGAGAUCAGGUCCACGGAAAUGAAACAUAACAUGACACACGAAGAGCGAGGGGAUCUCUACCAUUGGUAUGACAAAGCCAAAGAUGGCAUGGAGAAAUGGGAUUCGAAGGCAAGAAACCUUUUAACAGACGAGCACAACCUCAUGAUGCCAAGAUUUAGAAGUCAAAUUGAGCACAUAUUGAAGAAGGAAAAGAACCAGAACUUUGAUGGUUAUAUGAAUGAAUUACACGAGGUUGGGCAAGCAGCAUACAAGAGGUCAAACAUUCCAUCUGAGAGCAGCAUCGCUGCUGCCAAGGAGCUUCACAGGAUCAAAAAGGAUCUUGUUGACUUGGUACAGGGUGACGAAUCAAACCACUUGAGGUUCGGUGCUAAAGUCAGAAGCAUCCAAACAAACAUACGUGGAUUGAAACGAUCCAUGGAGAGAUGCAACUAGACUGCUAUCAACGAGAAUAACGCUACAAAAUCAUUAACUAAAGACGCAACUGUAUGCUAAUCUAUUUCAAAAUUUUGUUUGUUUAAUUACUUACAUGAGCUUAAAGAUGUGAA